GGCGUGACUAACACCAGGGGGCGUGGUUAGGCAAAUAUUGCCUUAACGGGCGGGGAAAUGAGACCUGGCUGCGAGUUGGUGAUAGGAUUUCUCUUUGGGGGCGGGGCUUAUGGAUCGUCGCUUUCCCGCCGACAGUUGGCUACGUCACGUGACAUGGGUUGGAAGAUGGCGUCUCCCACAGACGGGACAGAUCUGGAAGCAUCUUUGCUAAGUUUUGAAAAGCUGGACCGUGCCUCACCAGACCUUUGGCCUGAACAAUUACCAGGUGUUGCCGAAUUUGCCUCUUCCUUCAAAAGUCCUAUUACUAGCUCUCCCCCCAAAUGGAUGGCUGAAAUAGAACGGGAUGAUAUCGACAUGUUGAAAGAACUGGGCAGUCUCACCACGGCUAAUUUGAUGGAGAAGGUACGAGGCCUACAGAACCUAGCCUAUCAGCUGGGUCUGGAUGAGUCCCGAGAGAUGACCCGGGGAAAAUUCCUCAACAUUCUAGAGAAGCCCAAGAAGUAGCACCUGCUUCUGGACAGGAUGUCCUGGGUCCUGGGAACUGUACUCACACUCCCUCCCAGCGCA